ACGGAAGUUUUCACCGUUGCACCACUGAUGUAACUUUCAUUUCCUGAGCAGUAAGGGUCACAGACAUGAGUAGAGUUUGUGAAGUGUUCUUUUAAUAACUCUGUUGAACCUUCUUUGAACAAUCUCUGUUGUAUCUGAAUAAUGUUACGGACAGUAUGUCGGACGGGCGGGGCGCUCUUACAGCAAACCCAGCGCACUGUGCCAAGGUUGUGGGUUACACCUGCCCAGCAGCGAUGGGCGUCCACCCUUCCCAUGAACACCGUGGUCCUGUUUGUGCCUCAGCAGGAAGCCUGGGUGGUCGAGAGGAUGGGGCGCUUCAAUCGGAUCUUAGAGCCGGGUUUAAACUUCCUCAUACCGCUACUUGACCGAAUUCGUUACGUGCAAAGUCUCAAAGAGAUUGUUAUUGACGUCCCAGAGCAAUCUGCAGUAUCUCUAGACAAUGUAACACUACAGAUUGAUGGAGUGCUUUACUUAAGGAUACUAGACCCUUUUAAGGCCAGUUACGGUGUGGAGGAUCCAGAAUAUGCAGUCACACAGUUGGCACAGACCACUAUGCGGUCGGAACUGGGCAAACUCACAUUGGACAAAGUGUUCAGGGAAAGGGAGUCCCUGAAUACCAACAUCGUCCACUCCAUCAACCAAGCUUCAAACGAGUGGGGUAUCCGUUGUCUCCGUUAUGAAAUCAAAGAUAUUCAUGUUCCACCUCGUGUCAAAGAGUCCAUGCAGAUGCAGGUGGAGGCUGAACGGAAGAAGAGAGCCACAGUGCUGGAGUCUGAAGGGACGAGGGAAGCGGCCAUUAACGUUGCAGAGGGUCGUAAGCAAGCUCAGAUUCUGGCAUCAGAGGGUCAAAAGGCUGAGCAGAUCAAUAAAGCAGCUGGUGAGGCCCAAGCAGUCCUAGCAAAAGCAGAGGCGAAAGCGAGGGCUAUCUGUAUGCUGUCUGAAGCUCUGACUGAGCAUAAUGGAAAUGCAGCAGCAUCACUCAGCGUGGCCGAACAGUACGUGUCUGCUUUCUCUAACCUUGCCAAAGAGUCCAACACCAUUCUUCUGCCCUCCAACACCAGCGACAUCACUGGGAUGGUCACACAGGCAAUGAGCAUUUACAGCACAUUGGCAAAGCCAAACCCAAAAGCAGCACCAGAAGAGGUGAAGAGCGAAGAGCACGAGAUCUAGUCGACAUCACCUCAAUAACACAACUCAGUUAUGAACUCAAAGCAGUGAAACGACACGGAACCAGAAGGAACAGGCUGUGUGUCAGAAUUCUGGGCCCAAAGGUGUCACUGGUCCAGCAAAGUCCACAUACCCUCUACCUUCAGGCAAAAAAGGAGAACUUGAUAAACUGCUGGAAUAUUUUGCCUUGGUGUUCUGGGAAAAAAUGUCACAUGUUUUGAAAGAGGAUGUUUAACUCGUCAGUGAGUAUUGUUUCUGUUUAGAAUAUUCAGAUUGGGAAAUUAACAGCAGACAAACAAAGUCAAACACCAGAUUUUUGCAGAGAAUUUGAUGGGAUGUAUCAGUCACUGUGGCCAGGAGCGUAAAAUAGUUACCAUGGAUAUUGUGCAUGAAGUUUUGUGCGUUUCAUAACCCAUGUAUUUCUGUAAAAUAUAAACUUCAGGUUUAUUUCAAGGUGUAAUCUUCCAUUUUUGAAUUUGAAGGCAUGCCUGCAAAUUUAAAAAUGAAACUGAAAGAUCAUCUUGUUUUUCUUUUGCAAUCAUUUUCCAAGUGCUGCUUCAGCAGGAGUAACUGCUUUCAGGUUCUCUGGGCUCGCUACCUUUAAUUUGAUCAUUAAGCUAGAUCUGUUGAUCCAUCUGCUUUGAUACGGCUUGUUUACAGACAUCAGUGACAAUUCUUCAACUGUCUUUAGUUUAGUGGGACCAGCAACGUUGUAUUGCUACAUAAGAUGUCUGGCUGGGUGCCUCAGAAUUGUUGGAAGUUUCCAAAUGUAUAAUGAACCCUUAAUUUGGCCUGUUAGAUUACUAUAUCUACUCCCAGAAAUCCCUAUUAAAUGAUCUGCAUUAGAAAAAGUGAGGAGGUGAUGGCUUUGAAAUCAGAAACAACUCCCAUAACAAGGUUAGCAUAGGAGUAACUUUUUUCCCCCCUCCCUUUAUUUGUAUUCACCUCUUAUGUCUUAAGGGAUGUAUUUAUUAAGUUUAGUGGUUCUCAGCAAAGACACAGCAAAGUGUCUGGGAAGGCAAAGUGAAACUGGCACUGAUGUGUCUGAGAAACUCUCACAAAGAGAGUGGAGCACAGUAGGUUCAAGGCAUAGAGGGACAUAGAGUGAAAAAGCACUUCUGCAAAAUAAGACCAUUACAUUUAAAGAGGAUUUGGUAUUGAACAAUUCAUGUGAAACACCAUGGAUUUUGGAAUGUUGAUCUAUUAAAGAAAAACUGGUAGUAUGAUUUCUGAUUAUUUUAGUUGCCCCAUGUUUUGGAUCACCGUUAAAGUUCAGCAAUGUUUAAGUACCACAAAAUUAAAAUAAAUCAAAUCAAGUUGA